UUAGAAUUGACACGCCUCUUUUUUUAUAUGACGAGAAUGUUUUCUCUCGUAAUAGUUGGUGUUUUUCUAGGCCUGCUGUAGUAAUCAGUGUAUUCUGUUACUCACAUCGCCUCCCGGUUUCAGUAAUGUUAAGUACAGUAGGUGGCAUUUGAGUGUUGUUGCGAGGCUUUUGAAAGCGCAGAGCUUGACCACUGAAGUUAAUAUGGGGGAGUGUGGCUGGAUGAAGGUGAAACUGUACACUCGGUAAUGUUUACUGGGUGGUUGUGAGCAUGUAUCGCUGCCACAGUUAGCCUCUUUCUCCCCCAUUUGGUGCAGUAUUUAAAGCUUUAACUAAUGCUAUGGGCGAAAACACCAGCCCUAUCAGUGUGAUUUUAGUGAGCUCUGGCAGCAGAGGCAACAAGCUACUUUUCAGGUACCCCUUUCAGAAGGAGGAGCAUACGGCUUCACAGACAACUAAACUUAGAAGCCCAUAUGCUUUGAAUCAUACUGGUGAUAUCGCAGAUGACCAGGAUGGUGAAUGCAGAAAGGAAUCUUCCCCAACUGACGAACAGUUGGUUGCAGGGUUUUCUGAUGUCAUCCUUGCGACUAUUCUGGCUACAAAAUCUGACAUGUGCGGGAAGAAAUUUGAGCUGAAGAUAGACAACGUGCGAUUUGUUGGCCAUCCCACUCUGCUGCAGCAUGCUCAUGGGCAGGUUUCUAAGACAGAUCCAUCACCAAAGAGGGAGAUGCCUACCAUGAUCCUUUUUAAUGUUGUCUUUGCACUGAGGGCCAAUGCUGAUCCAUCAGUGAUCAACUGUUUGCACACACUGUCCCGCCGAAUUGCCAUUGUCCUGCAGCACGAGGAGCGACGGUGCCAGUAUCUAACCAGGGAAGCUAAGCUGAUCCUUGCAAUCCAAGAUGAGGUGACUGCCAUGUCAGAAACAAAUGGAGGCCCACAGUCCACAUUCCAGCACAUCCUUCCCAAAAGCAAACUGGCCAGGGACCUCAAAGUAGCUUAUGACAGAUUAUGCACAACAGGAGUGGUGCGCUUGCACAUUAAUAACUGGCUAGAGGUGAGCUUCUGCCUUCCGAAUAAAAUUCAUCGCAUUGGUUCUUAUUUCAUUCCACCUGAAGCCAUUGAACGAAGCCUGAAAGCUAUCCGGCCAUAUCAUUCUCUCUUGCUGCUUGAAGAUGAGAAGACUUUGCUUAAUGAGCUGCCACUGGACUGCUCUCCAGCUCUGGUUCGAGUGAUCAAGACUGCUUCUGCUGUUAAAAACUUACAGCAGUUGGCACAGGAUGCAGACCUGGCAUUACUGCAGGUUUUCCAGCUUUCUGCACAUUUGGUCUACUGGGGGAAGGCUAUUGUUAUAUAUUCACUGUGUGAAAACAACAUCUAUAUGCUCUCUCCCAACGCUAAUAUCUGCCACUCCUCAUCAUUAGCUGAGCAGUUCUCACGACAGUUUCCAGGUCAUGACCUGAUAACUAUGCUUGCCAAGUUUUCAUUGCCUGUCUCUCUUUCGGAGUUCAAAAAUCCACUGGCACCACCUGUACAAGAGGCCCAGCUCAUUCAGAUGGUUAUUUGGAUGCUACAGCACCGGCUUCUUAUCCAGCUGCAUACCUACGUCUGUCUAAUGGUGCCACCCUCUGAGGAGGACUCCCACUGCAAAGAUAAUGAUCAGCCCUUUGCAACCAGGGUUAGUGGAAGAAGCCUGAGCACGCCAAAUGCCCUCACCUUUGGGUCUCCAACUAGCAGUGAUGAUAUGACUCUAACCAGCCCCAGUAUGGACAACUCCAGUGCUGAGCUAAUACCUGGUGGCGAUUCACCAUUAAACAAGCGAAUGACAGAAAAUCUACUUGCUAGCCUUUCAGAAUAUGAGCGGGAAGCCAUACUUAAUGUUCCAGCUGCCCAGAAUCCUGAGGACCUACGCAUGUUUGCAAGAAAAAGAGUUUUUUUUUCCAUUUUAGGCUUUUGCAUUACUUUCGAGGACGGCACCACUUGGAGGAGAUCAUGUACAACGAGAACAUGCGCCGAUCCCAGCUGCUGACACUCUUUGAUAAAUUCCGUAGUGUACUAGUUGUUACCAACCAUGAGGAUCCUGUCAUCUCUGUUUUCCAGUCCCUCUCUGUAUGAAAUGUGACAGUGGAUCUUGUCAUCUCUAUGUUCCAGUCCCUCUCUGCCUGAAAAGCAGCAGCUUCUAUCAGCAAAGUAGACUAACCACAAAAAAGCUUGCCAAGUCUCUGAUGAAUGUAGUAAUACUCAUGGACCUUUUUCAAUAUGGUCGUCAUUGUUUUUUAUUAUUUUUUUAAACUUGUAAUAAAAGAUAUACGUUAUUCGCACAAAAUUA